AUGGCUCCGCUGGUUCUUUACAACCAUCCCUUGAGCCCUCCAUGCCGUCUGGUACGAGUGAUCGCUGGUAUUAUCGGUGUUGAUCUCAAAAUAGAGGAUGUAAAUGAUGUCUAUAAGGACCUGAAGACGCCUGAAAUGUUGAAGAAAAAUCCCCAACAUACAGUUCCUAUACUGGAAGACAAUGGCCUGUACAUUAGUGAAAGCCGUGCCAUUGCCAUGUACCUCGUCUCGAAGUAUGCGAAGGAUGACUCUCUCUACCCGAAGGAUAUAAACAAACGUGUUCUCGUCGACCAGAGGUUAUUUUUUGAUCAAGACUUGUACCACAGAAUGUCGAAUGUUUUAAUGCCAAUAUUUCAAGGCAAACAAGCGGAACCCAGCAACAUUGAGAAAGCGAACGACAGUCUGGAAACUUUGAACCGAAUGCUGGAUGGCAAACAGUGGCUGGCCGGAGAUCGGGUCACUAUUGCUGAUUACGCCGUCGCUAAUAGCCUGUCAGCAUUGGAGGUAACGUGA